UUGUGUGUGACAGCCCCUGUUUUGACAAAAAUGAUUGUAGUAUGAAAAAUACACAUGGCUCAUUGGCAGCCGAAUAGGAAACUUAACGGAGUUGGGAAUGUCGAUAUAAUGUACUUCAAAGCCAAGUUUUACGACACUCUUCCACAGAACGUGUAAAGGGAGGAAAACAGCCAAGCAAUGUUCAGAGCAGUAUUUGGGAACAAGAAAGACGGAGGAAAAAGAGCCAAAGAGGGAAAAAAGAGCCAGAAACAUGCAGGCGGUGAGGUGUACACCCCAAGCACCCUACAGAGGAGUCGUGUCCCGCGUCCCUCUCACCUCCUUGGCCAUGGCAGCGGCCGCACUGACAGCCAAGGAAAACGGAUGAGACUGACCAAGGGGGUAUCAAUUUCUUUGCCAUCCUCCCCGCUUCUCCCUCGCCAGGCCGACAUAUUCCCCUCCCAGUCAUGCAUCAAGUUUCCAGACCUCCACGUGGAGCCCCACCUUGGCUCCUCCCUUUCUACCCAGGAACUGAUGACCAGACUAUGUUUCUUACUGGGAGAAGCAACGGCCGGCACCGCUAGCUCUCCUAUGGAGGACAGAAAGGAAAAGAAGUGUGACACCUGUGCCCAGGGGGGGAGUCCCAGCUCCACUCUGACCUGCAGCACGGCCUCACCCUGUUCAGAGAGCCCCACGUCCACCCUGAGCAUCAGUGCUGGCCCGUCUUUACCCUUAUCUUCUCCUCACCGUGGCUCCAGCACCAGCCCCGCUGGAACCCUCUCCAGCCCUUCACGCAGCCCUGCCCCUUGUCCUGCUUCUGGACCUACGUCUGGGAGCAGUUCUGGCCAUCCGUCUCAAAGCCCCACCUCAACCUUGGAGAGCAAGGAUAGUGGAAUUAUUGCAACCAUCACCAGUUCUUCUGAGAAUGAGGAGCGCAGCACCUCCAGCGAGGUUCUCACUAAGGAGGAUGCCCCAGGAAGUGGCAGUGGCAUAGUGAGCAAUGCAAAUGAUGACUACCAUCCUGCGCCAACCAAAGGCCAUCUGAUGGCACCACUAGAUGAAGCCUUACCUAGGGCAGAGAUAUCGGAGCCCAGGACUCCACCUGCUCCAAAAAGACCCCUCCCUCAGCAUCACACUCGCGGAGCUUCUUCCCUUGUGAUGCCCCGUCCAAACUCUGUGGCAGCAACGAGUUCCACUCGACUGGAGGAUUUAAAUUAUCUGGACAACCAAAGGUCUGCUGGUCACAGGGGAUCUGUCCGCAAACACAACACAGCUGUCCGCGCAAGUGAUGACCCUAAAGGGAGAUUGGUGCCAUUCAAACAAGCAGACAUCAUGCUCAAACCCCUCCUGUUUGAAGUCCCUGGUGUCACAGCAGAAACACCUUUUGUCGGCCGGGAUUGGCUCUUCACACGUCUGGAGGAGGUCCUGAGAAAGACGAGCAGUUGUGAGGGCCGCGGGGCUGUCAUUGUGGGUAACGCAGGAUCCGGCAAGACUGCAAUCAUCUGGCGGCUGGUGACGCUCAGCUGCCAUGGCGCACGUACGGCACAGGGAGGUCCCAGCAUCCCUCACAGUCCCAGCUCCUCCCCUAAAUGUGGAGACAGGCAGGGAAAAGCCGCCUCCAAACAGCCAGCGGAUGCACAGCCCAGCCAGAACUCUGCUGCAGGAACAAGCGACACUCCAGCACAGAGGAAGGAGGCCAUCAGAUGCCUCGCUGCAAAGGUGGUAGCCUAUCAUUUCUGCCAGGCUGACAACACCUACACCUGCCUGGUACCAGAGUUUGUCCACAGUGUCUCCGCCCUGCUGGCGAGAGCGCCACAGCUCACCCCGUACCGGGAGCUGCUGGCACAGGAGCCUCACCUGCAAAACACGCUCAGCUUGCGUUCCUGCGUUCAAGAUCCCCUCGCUGCCUUCAGAAAGGGCAUCCUAGAGCCCAUUACCAGCUUGCGGAAGGAGCGGAGGCUCCCUGAAGAAGACUACAUCAUCUUGGUGGACAGUCUUAACGAAGCAGAGUUUCAUAAACCAGACUAUGGGGACACAAUUGCCACAUUCAUCACCAAAGUAAUCACCAAAUUUCCACAGUGGCUGAAGUUGGUUGUCACUGUCAGGACAGGCUUGGUGGAAAUCACCACUCUUCUUCCCUUCUCUGGCAUUUCUCUGGACAUCCUGCCAGACAGCAGUGACCUGGGAGCUGACCUGAGUGAUUACAUCCAUCAUCGGGUCAGCAGCAGCAGCCAAAUUGCUGCAAAUGUCACCACACCAACAGGCUCCGCUCCAGAUCUUCUCCUUCUGAGCAAGUUCAGCAGCCACCUGUCGACACGGAGCCACGGCUCCAUCCUCUACCUUCAGCUGACUCUGGAUCUUUUCCACAAGGGUCACCUGACUCUGAAAGGAGGGAAUUACCUAGUCGUCCCUGUCGCGCUAUCAGAGGUGUAUCUGCUGAUGUGUCGCGUCAGCUUUCCCGAUACAGACGUCUUUGAGCGGGUACUUCCGGUGCUAAAUGUGGCACUGGCGUCUCUGCAUCCACUGAAUGAUGAACAAAUGUUCAGGGCUCUGAAUGCAGGCAGCGUGAAGGGGGAGCUGGAGUGGAAGGACUUCCAGCAGAGACUAGACAGUCUGGCUAGAUUCAUGGUUAAACGCAGGGAUGGCACACGGAUGCUGUGUCAUCCUUCCUUCAGAGAGUGGCUGGUUUGGAGAGCCGAUGGAGAGAGCACCGACUAUCUCUGUGACCCAAGGAGUGGCCACGCUCUCUUGGCCUUCAUGUUCUCUAGACAGGAGGGAAAGUUGAACCGUCAGCAGACCAUGGAGCUUGGACAUCACAUCCUUAAGGCUCACAUAUUUAAGGGUCUGAGUAAGAAGACUGGUGUAUCCUCCAGUGUUCUUCAGGCCGUGUGGGUAAACUGCAGCACAGACAGUCUAUCCGCUGCACUGGGCUCCCUGAGGAACUUGUAUACACCAAACAUCAAGGUAAGUCGUUUGCUGAUGCUGGGUGGCGCGAGUGUGACCUGGUGUACCGAGGUGAUAGGACACGCUCCCAUCCUGGCUGUCCAUGCCCAUCUGGGGCACGUGGAGAUGGUAGCUCUGCUGCUUGAGAUGGGGGCUCCAGUAGAAGGGACAACUGGAAGCGGCAUGUCGCCCCUCUGUCUGGCUGCUGCAGCAGGACACACUGAACUUGUCAACCUGCUCUGCAAGAAAGGAGCUAAGGUGGCGCAUGUUGAUAAGAGUGGCCAGUGUGCGCUGGUCCAUGCUGGGCUAAAGGGUCACGCAGAAAUCAUCAACAUCUUGCUUGGCCUGGAAUGGGGACCAGAAAUUCCCACCGACCCACAGCAGCAACACAGCAAUGAAAGUGUGAGCGGGAAAGACCAGGCCCUUCAGCAAGCAGUCAUCGCUGCAGCCAGCAUGGGACACACACAGGUGGUGAAAAGCUUGCUGGACUUGAAAGAUGAACAGCUGGCAGUGCAGAUGGAUGCUCAUGACUCACUCUGGGGAGAAACGGUGCUGACAGCGGCAGCAGGGAGAGGCAGAACAGAGACGUGUGCUUUCCUCCUGGAGCGGGGGGCAGGGCUGGAGAUACCAAACCGCAGAGGAAUGGUCCCACUGCUCAGCGCCGCCAAGCACGGACACGCACAGGUUGCAGAAUGUCUCCUGAAGCAAGGUGCAGAUAUCAACGUCAAUGACAAACUGGGUCGCAGCGCACUGAUGUUGGCUGCAUCCGAGGGCCACGGCAACACUAUUGAGCUCAUGCUGUCAAAGGGUGCCUCUCUGUCCUCUGCUGACCAGGAGGGCUUGACUGCACUUAGCUGGGCGUGUAUGAAGGGCCAGAAAGGUGCGGUGCAGCUUCUGGUGGAGGCAGGAGCCGACCUGAACCAACCAGACAGACAGGGACGGACUCCACUUGACCUCGCUGCCCUAAACGGAGAUGCAGAUACGGUGCAUAACCUGGUGGAGCACGGAGCAGUGCUGGAGAAAGGAGACAACAACGGUACCAGAGGCUCAGAUCGAGCAGCUGGCUGCCAGAACCCGGCUCUGGUGGCGUCGCUGCUUAAAAAAGGAUCCAAGUCAGCCUACAGAACGGCUCCCCACGAUCGAUCAGGUCAUGCUACGUGGGCUAUGGCUUCCUCCAAACCAGACAUUCUCCUAAUCCUGCUGCAGAAGCUGAUGGAGGAAGGGAACAUUCUUUACAAGAAGGGGCGCAUGAAGGAGGCAGGCCAGCGCUACCAAUAUGCUCUGAGAAAGCUUCCUCGUGAGGGACAAGCAGAGGAGUUGAAAGGACUCAAAGACCUGCGAGUCUCCCUCUAUCUGAACCUCUCCCGUUGUCGUAGGAAAACUAAUGAUUUUGGGAUUGCUGAGGACUUUGCAACCAAAGCUCUGGAACUCAAACCCAGAUCUUACGAAGCUUUUUAUGCCAGAGCCCGAGCCAAGAGGAGUAGCAGGCAGUUUGCUGCAGCGCUGGCAGAUCUCCACGAAGCAGCACGACUCUGCCCGUCCAACCGGGAGAUCCGCCGCCUGCUGGCUCGAGUAGAGGAGGAAAACAAACAUCAUCUGAAGAUAUCUGGCAAUAACAUGACACAGGGUUACAACAGGGACCCUCACACCCACCACCACCACCAAACUACGGAGGAAGUAACAGACAUCUACUCACAGGAAAGUCGAGAGAGGCAGAUCCCAGCAGACCAAGCUGAUGCAGAAAGGGAGGGUGAGAAGGAGGAAGGUGACCAAGUAGGCCUGCACUGCGGGAAAAGUCCAGAAUAUUGGCCUCUGAAUCCGUACGCUUCUAACAGGACUCUCCCGGGAGGUGUGGCCUUCAGUUUAGCAGAUCAGUCCCCGUGUUUCCCUAAAGAGGAGUACGUACCGAACCAGCUGCUCGUGGACACGCCUGAGCCGGGUCCUGCCAUCACCAGACAGAGCCAGAGUCAGAGCAGCAGGACUCAGCACCACUGCCAUUCCCUCCAGGCGGGGAACAGAGUCGGGGUCAGGCCGCUGUCUCUGUGCGGCCCCUCCAGUCCCCUGCCGGGGAGACACAUCUCCACCUCCCUACGGCCGGCCGCAGUCGUGGGGAUUGAUAUCGGCCCCGGAUCAGUCAGCGAACACUCCGGUCACAGCCCCACUGAGCAUUAUCAUCCCAUGUCUCCCAACAGCUCGUCUCCACCUGGACCCUUUCAGAUGUACCAGCCGCGCUCGGCCAGCUUCUCCAGGGGCUCCGACAGGCUGUCCACUCCUUCUGUGCCUCUGGACGGCCUGGCUCUGGCUCUGGGGUCUGCUAUGGAGGUCAAGAAGGAGGGUGGUGGAGCGGGAACAGCGGGGUCGAGGGGCUCCAGCUCCAGUCAGGCUUCCAGUGGGAACCUGUCAGAUGGAGGGAGGCAGCAGGCACCAGACGCCCCGGGCCCCAUCAAGAGCAGCGGUAGCUUCAAGGCAAAACCCGAAAUGAAGCCUCGGCCCUUUAUGGGGGUCAUGGACAAGGCGGCGCGAGUCCAGGGCCAGCAGACCUCCGGGCCGAGCCGACAGGGACACGGAGGAGGAGGAGGAGCCGAGAGUUUCGGUAUGUCGGUCAUGGAGUUCCAAGGGCUGAACAAUGAGUACAAACGUGCCUCGUUCCAGGAGCAGCUGUCUGCGAGCCAGCAGCAGGGCAGGGAGUUUGGAGAACGCUCCCACCAGCGAGAGACCAGAGGGUCUGUAUCCUCCCAGCUACGCUUCCCUGACGGGAGGCACAGACAGGCGAGCCUGACGAGAGACAACCCGGCUCUGCAUGUGGCUCCCAUAAAACCCAAGCGCUCAUUUAUAGAGUCCAAUGUCUGAAUAUAGUUUAUCAAAGUGCAAAAACAGGCUGUUUUUCAUCACACUAUGUCCCACAUAAGGUAGCGAGGGAGAACAGCUCCCUUCCCUGAGCCUGUUCUGUAGAUUUAUGCUGCUGCACUGCAUUUACAAUCUAGAACCAGUGUUAAACUCAGGCUACUAUGCUUUUGCUUUCAUGUAUUCAGCUACACUAGUGUAUUCAAGGAAAUCCGGCGUACCUUAAGUAGGGAUCUGAAAAACUAGCUAGUGCAUUGUUUCAACUUUUAACUAAUUAUAUCAAAUAUAGAAGUCGGAGACAGCUGUGUGCACGAAUAAACAAGACUUCACGCUAUUAGCUGCAGUAUGUGACCAUUUCUAUCAUUGAAUGUCUUUUAAAACAUUUAUAUUUGUACGGUGUAAACUAUAUUUGCAGAUUAUAUAUUUCCUUGUAAGUGAUUAUCUGUCAGCAUUACAGGCUUCAAAGGAAGGUCUUUAUGUAAUUCAGAUUCUCUUUCUUGGUACAUUUGAUAAAAAAAAAAAAAAAAGACACUGUACAUGAUGUUGUUGGAAACUUAUUGUCAUAAUUUAACACGGACUUGACUGCAUCAAUAUGGACGGUAUACAGUAUGUUAUUUAUUUUUGCAUUGCAGAGAACUUAAUCAGAUGAAGCAUUUAUGGGUUUAUUUAAAAACAGAGGAAACAUUAUUCCAAAUGUAGGACAGAGAACCUUAGGAUAAUUUUUAUCUUGCAGUAUGUCCAUAGUUGUCAUAUACCCUUUUCAGAGUCAUACAACGGUAUAAAGAAUGUUACCACAUUAAUAUUGUGGGAUAAUAAAAAUAUUACA